AUGCCAGGGCCCCCCCCUUCUCCUUCUCUCUCUUUUACCCUUCAGACCGAAUGUACUGAACAAGGGGCCCCUAUGGGGCCCCCCGGGGGCCCCCCUGUGAUGGGGGCCCCCGAGGGGGGGCCCCCUGGGGGGCCCCCCGAGGGGCCCCCCGGGGCGUACUUGGGGGCCCCUAUGGUUUGCUGCUGCCCCCUUAACUCUCCCUGUCGUCCUACCCUUCAGACCAAAUGUACUGAACAAGGGGCCCCUAUGGGGCCCUCAGGGGGGCCCCCCGGGGCGUACUUGGGGGCCCCUAUGGUUUGCUGCUGCCCCCUUAACUCUCCCUGUCGUCUCUCUCUCCCUGUCACCUCUAUCAAGGGGAUAGAUCUCAACAGGGGGCCCCCUGUAGGGGCCCCCCCAGAGGCCCCUACGGGGGCCCCUGGGGGGGCCCCUGUGGGGGCCCCUGGGGGGCCCCCCACGACCAGCAGCCCCGUAGAAGGGGGGGCCCCCGAGGGCCCUGCGGGUGGGGCCCCUGGGGGCCCCACUGACGCAGCUGAUGCAGGGGGCCCCCCACCUCUCCCGGGUACCCUCGCCGCCGCAGUUGCUGUAAAGGAAGAUGGGGGGCCCCCUGAGGGAGAGGGGCCCCCCGGGGGCCCCCAGGGGGGCCCCCCUGCCCCGAGGGCCCUGCAGGUGGGGCCCCUGGGGGCCCCACUGACGCAGCUGAUGCAGGGGGCCCCCCGCCUCCCGCGGGUACCCCCGCCGCCGCAGUUGUUGUAA